AUGACCAAAAUGACGAGUUUUAUGCGCGUAACCAAGCAGCCAAAGACGCAUGAUAAGAAGGUUGAUGAUUCAUGUAUUGUCAAGAAACAAUGCGUAGAUGUUGUAGACGAAAAGAAGAUGAAAGGACAGAGUCACGAGGAGUCACGAGCGUACAUUCCGACUUUUAUUUACGAGACGGUCCAGUACAAACACAAACACACAAAACAUGUGGUGUCCAGCGAGAUGCAAACUAUUAUUAAGUACAUUACGAAAUUUUACAAUGUGCCAAAAGACAUUGAGCAGAAUGCAAAGUUUGGCUGCCAUAGUGGACUUACGUAUGAAAAGCGGGUAGCAAGAGCGUACUCAAUGGGUCAGCUGCUGAGCAAGCGUGGAGCUGAACCAAAGCCAAUUUGCUUGACAUGUGCUACCGUGGGUCACACAUACAAGACUUGUCCUGACGGCUUUUGA